GUUACCUGAAUUCCACCUGCAGGCGUCACAUCCACUUGUCACACACAUACCCACAUUUUCACACGGUUCCAGUGAGCGCGCAUCUCUCUCACACACACUCUCCACUCGAUAGCAAUCGGAUUCCACCGAUGUAUCGCGGACGACUCCGGCGAAUCGUUGUAACGUGCGCGCCUCACACAUAUUAGGUCGGCUCACACCUUCUCUUCCGUGACUUUGAUGGGGACUUGGACAACAGGGAGGGAAAAUGCCUGUGAUGAAAGGAUUACUUGCGCCGCAGAACACGUUUCUGGACACCAUAGCCACACGGUUUGACGGCACACACAGCAACUUCAUCCUGGCUAAUGCCCAGGUGUCCAAGGCCCAAGGCUUCCCUAUUGUCUACUGUUCAGAUGGCUUCUGUGAGCUCACAGGCUUCUCCCGCACUGAAGUCAUGCAGAAGAGCUGUGCCUGUAAGUUCCUUUACGGCCCAGAAAGCAGCGAGACUAUCAUCCUCAGCAUCGACGAAGCCCUGGACGAACGCAAGGAGUUCAAGGAAGAGAUCAUGUUCUACAAGAAGACAGCGUCGUUGUUCUGGUGCCUGCUGGAAAUUGUCCCCAUUAAGAAUGAGAAGGGAGACGUGGUGCUCUUCCUGGCUUCAUAUAAAGACAUCAGUGACACCAAGGCCAAGGCCAUGCCAGAGGACAGGCGAGAAGAGUGCCGACGAGGACGGGUGAAGACUGGUUCUUCAUUCAGCUCUACUCGUCUGCGGAGCAGUACUGUACUCUACCACAUCUCUGGUCACCUCCACAGCAAAGACAACAAGAAGAAGAAGAGCAAGAUCAAACUCAACAAGAAUGUGUUCGGGGACCCCCCUGCUCUGCCGGAGUACAAGGUGGCGGACGCCAAGAAGUCCAAGUUCAUCCUGCUUCACUUCAGCACCUUCAAGGCAGGCUGGGAUUGGCUGAUCCUGCUGGCCACCUUCUACGUUGCCGUGACAGUGCCCUACAACGUCUGCUUCAUCGGUGACGAUGACCUCACCAGGAGCACUUCAGUCAGCGACGUUUCCGUGGAGAUACUCUUUAUUAUAGACAUUGUGUUCAGUUUCCGUACCACGUACGUGAGUAAGUCUGGUCAGGUGAUCUUCAACGCACGGUUGAUCUGCAUCCACUACAUGACCACGUGGUUCAUCAUCGACCUGGUCGCCGCGCUGCCCUUUGACCUCCUCUACGCCUUUAAAGUCAGCGUGGUAUCAGUAGUCCACCUGUUGAAGACAGUGCGUCUGCUCCGGCUGCUGCGUCUGCUCCAGAAGAUGGACCGGUACUCCCAGCACAGCACUGUGGUUCUCACCCUGCUCAUGUCCAUGUUCGCCCUGCUGGCCCACUGGAUGGCCUGCAUCUGGUACGUCAUCGGCAAGAAGGAGAUGGAGGCAAACGCCUACUCCUGGGAAAUCGGCUGGCUUCAUGAGUUGGGGAAGCGUCUGGAGUCUCCCUAUGACCCCCUUGGGGAGGUGAACGGGACGGGGCUGAGCGGUCCCUCUCUGAGGAGUGUCUACAUCGCUUCUCUCUACUUCACCCUGUCCAGUCUGACCAGCGUGGGCUUCGGCAACGUGUCGGCCAACACCGACGCUGAGAAGAUCUUCUCUAUCUGCACCAUGCUCAUCGGAGCGUUGAUGCACGCCCUGGUGUUUGGUAAUGUGACAGCCAUUAUUCAGAGGAUGUACUCUCGCUGGUCCCAGUACCACACCCGCACCAAGGACCUGAAGGACUUCAUCCGGGUCCACCACCUGCCCCAGGGCCUCAAACAGCGCAUGCUGGAGUACUUCCAGACCACAUGGUCUGUCAACAACGGCAUCGACUCCAACGAGCUGCUGAAGGACUUCCCAGACGAGCUGCGCUCCGACAUCACCAUGCACUUGAACAAGGAGAUCCUGGAGCUGUCACUGUUUGCCUCGGCCAGCAGAGGGUGCCUGCGCUCCCUGUCCCUGCACAUCAAGACCACGUUCUGCGCCCCCGGGGAGUACCUGCUGCGCCAGGGGGAUGCCCUGCAGGCCAUCUUCUUCGUCUGCUCUGGGUCCAUGGAGGUGCUGAAGGACGGCAUGGUGCUGGCUAUACUGGGUAAGGGUGACCUGAUCGGGGCCAACAUGUCUAUAGAUGACCGGGUGAUAAAGACCAACGCAGAUGUGAAGGCCCUAACCUAUUGUGACCUGCAGUGUAUCAACCUGAGUGGUCUGUAUGAGGUUCUGGACCUCUACCCAGAGUACACCAGCCGCUUUGUCCAGGACAUCCAGCUGGAUCUCACAUACAACCUGAGGGAGGGACACGAGUGCCAUGUUAUGUCCAGAUUGUCCACCAAACCUUUGGACACACAGUCAGAGGGGAGAGGCAACGGACGAGUGAUCCAGUACUAUCCAUCCAUCAUCGAGAACCAGGUGCAGGAGGAAGAGGAUGAGGAAGAUGAGCUGGUGUCUGUGUCUCCAGAAUCGGAGCGGAACAUCGUUCUGUACCCCAGAGUGGUGUCAUCUGGGAAGUCUCCACUAGGUAGAGCUGAGAUGGAGAGAGAGUUGCACAGUGGCAGAGAAGUAACACAUCAGAACACUAGGAAACUGAUGAAAAAGAUCAAGAUCCACCAGACAGCUCUCACCACGCUAGACCGCUCCAACCUCAGCCCUAGGGUUGUGGACGGUACAGAAGACAAUGAAGGUACAGAGACGUCUCCACUGUUCUCCUUCUCUCCUAGUCGAGCCUGUCCAGUCAGCGGUUCAGGGAGCGCACCAGCCACAUCUACAGAUAUUCUCCAGAUCAGCACGGCAGAGUCAGCAGCUAAAGCUGAGGAGACCUGGGGACAACUACGACACCUAGACCAGGAGGUGAGUUCUCUGGGGAAGGAGGUGACAGAGCUGGGCCGAGUAAUGAGGAGUAUGGCUCAACUGAUGGAGUCCUUCUUCUCCGGACCCCAACUCCUCUAUCCUGCACACUGCGUACCUGGACACCAUGCGUACCUGUCCCCCCCUUCGCCCCCACCCCACACCAACCACCCACAGUCCUACCCCUCUCAGACUGAACCUCUCUGGCCAGACACCCCCCUCACGACCAUAUCUUCCUGCACCUCUCCACCCUUUGGCCUGGCCCAGCGGCAUCCUGGGAUGUUCCAUGUGGAUCCCGCCCUCACCGCCAUUCCACACAGUCCCCAAGAUCUCCACUCGGCCCCCUCCCGCCUCUCGCCUCCCUACCCAUCCUCCUUCUCCCUCACGGACACCUCCACAGAGCCCCUGUUGCCCUCUUCUCCUGGGAUACCCCAUUGUGAACGGGGAGGGGGCACUGGGUCCUCCAGGUCGCGGGCACACAGUUUGGAGACCCCACAGCCACCUUGUGACAGGAGAGGAGGAGGAGGGGUCGUUGCGGUCACCCCUCAGAGCUCCAGAAGCCUGCCCCGCCCUGGAGGGAGCUACCAGCACAUGGAUUUAUAGCAGACUGAACUGGACUAAAGAGAUACUGUAUUGUCUAAAGAGAUACUGGACUAAAGAGAUACUGUAUUGACUAAAGAGAUACUGGACUAAAGAGAUACUGGACUAAAAUAGUGUAUGGGACUAACAACCAGGUCCCUAUAUCAGGGGAGUAUACACUGUUACAGGGACACACUCAGAUCUCUGAUGAUGAUGAUAACCUUUCAUUUUCUAUCUGUUUCCAAGGCACGUUUUUCUUUUCAAAUAGCAUGACAAAAGCAGAGGGGCAGUAGGUAGCUUAUAGGUAGCUUUACCUUGUAUAGACGUUAGCAGAUGUUCCAGUAGUGUUCUAGAGGGGUAUAGAAUCAUGAAGGUCACUGUGACUUUGUGUGUUAUUCUCUGGAGAAGGCCCUGGGGUCUGGAGGAGUGAGAGGAGGAACAGCAGGACCGCACAAUGACAGAGGACGAGGAGGAGGGGACUGGGUCGCAUCAGCAAUGGAGGGAACAGUGGAGAUGCC